UCACAGCCGGGAAGCCAGCGAGGUCGGUUCCGCCCGGCUCUAACAUGGCGGCGCCCUUUGUCUGCCGCGAAGCGCUGUCCCGGGCCUUCUCGCGGCCGUGAUGCACCUCCCUCUGUGGUGGGGUUCGGGACAUGGCAGGUGAUGUGCUGGAGGAGGGGAGCCGAGCUGGAGUUUCUACAGGCACACUGUCUGAAAAGAGAGCCCCCAGCUUCUUGGAGAUCUGAGACAGGCUUGCUUGUAGCUGAAUUGACCUUGAACUCCUGUUCUCCUGUGUACACUCAUGCUGAGAGUACAGCCAUGGAUUUCCCCCAGCACAGCCAGCGUGUCUUGGAGCAGCUGAACCAGCAGCGGCAACUGGGCCUUCUCUGUGACUGCACCUUUGUGGUAGACGGUGUUGACUUCAAGGCUCACAAGGCGGUGCUGGCAGCUUGCAGCGAAUACUUCAAGAUGCUCUUUGUGGACCAGAAGGACGUGGUACAUCUGGACAUCAGUAAUGCGGCAGGCCUGGGCCAGGUGUUGGAGUUCAUGUACACUGCUAAGCUGAGCCUUAGCCCCGAGAAUGUGGAUGAUGUGCUGGCUGUGGCCAGCUUCCUCCAGAUGCAGGAUAUUAUCACAGCCUGCCAUGCACUUAAGUCCCUUGCUGAGCCGAGCGGCAGCACUGGAGAAGAUACAGAGGCCUCAGCUGUGGAAGGAGGAGACAAGAGAGCCAAAGAAGAGAAGGCAGCUGCUACCGUGCUGAGCAGGCUGGACCCAGCGAGAAGCAGCCCGCACACAGGCCCAGGCAGAGAGCUCAAAGAGGAGCGGGGUGGCCAGGCAGAGAGCACAGCCAGUGGUGCAGAGCAGACGGAGAAGGCCGAUGCUCCUCGGGAGCCUCCCUCUGUGGAGCUCAAGCCAGACCCCACCAGUGGCAUGGCUGCUGCAGAAGCUGAGGCCUUGUCAGACAGCUCAGAGCAAGAGAUGGAAGUGGAGCCGGCUAGCAAAGGAGAAGAGGGGCCAGAGGAAGAGGGUGCAGGGCCUGCGGCGGUCAAGGAAGAGGGCGUGCAUCUGGAGAACGGGGACACCCCUGAGGAGAACGAAGAGUCUGCAGGCACAGACUCUGGGCAGGAGCUUGGCAUGGAGGGCCGGAACCUGCGCUCAGGCACCUAUGGGGAUCGUACCGAGUCCAAGGCUUAUGGCUCCAUCAUCCACAAGUGCGAGGACUGCGGGAAGGAGUUCACGCACACAGGGAACUUCAAACGCCACAUCCGCAUCCACACGGGUGAGAAACCCUUCUCAUGCCGGGAGUGCAGCAAGGCUUUCUCAGACCCCGCAGCAUGCAAGGCCCAUGAGAAGACACACAGCCCGCUGAAACCCUACGGGUGUGAGGAGUGUGGCAAGAGCUACAGGCUCAUCAGCCUGCUGAACCUGCACAAGAAGAGGCACUCGGGGGAGGCCCGCUACCGCUGCGGGGACUGUGGCAAGCUCUUCACGACUUCAGGCAACCUCAAGCGCCACCAGCUGGUGCACAGUGGCCAGAAGCCCUACCAGUGCGACUACUGCGGCCGCUCUUUCUCUGACCCCACCUCCAAGAUGCGCCACCUGGAGACCCAUGACACCAACAAGGAGCACAAGUGCCCGCACUGCGACAAGAAGUUUAACCAGGUGGGGAACCUGAAGGCCCACUUGAAGAUCCACAUUGCUGAUGGCCCUCUCAAGUGCCGGGAGUGCGGGAAGCAGUUCACCACCUCAGGGAACCUCAAGCGGCACCUGCGGAUACACAGCGGGGAGAAGCCCUACGUUUGCACCCACUGUCAGCGGCAGUUUGCUGACCCGGGCGCGCUGCAGCGGCACGUACGGAUCCACACGGGUGAGAAGCCAUGCCAGUGUGUGAUGUGUGGCAAAGCCUUCACUCAGGCUAGCUCCCUCAUCGCCCAUGUGCGCCAGCACACCGGGGAGAAGCCCUACGUCUGUGAGCGCUGUGGCAAGAGAUUCGUCCAGUCCAGCCAGUUGGCCAAUCACAUUCGCCACCAUGACAACAUCCGACCACACAAGUGCAGCGUGUGUAGCAAGGCCUUUGUGAACGUGGGGGACCUGUCCAAACACAUAAUCAUCCACACUGGAGAGAAGCCUUACCUGUGUGACAAGUGUGGCCGUGGUUUCAACCGGGUAGACAACCUGCGCUCUCAUGUAAAGACCGUGCAUCAGGGCAAGGCGGGCAUCAAGAUCCUGGAGCCAGAAGAGGGUGGUGAGGUCAGCGUGGUCACUGUGGACGACAUGGUCACACUGGCUACUGAGGCUCUGGCAGCAACAGCAGUCACUCAGCUCACAGUGGUACCAGUGGGGGCUGCAGUGACAGCUGACGAGACGGAAGUGCUGAAAGCCGAGAUCAGCAAGGCUGUCAAGCAGGUGCAGGAAGAAGACCCCAACACGCACAUCCUCUACGCCUGUGAUUCCUGUGGGGACAAGUUCCUGGAUGCCAACAGCCUGGCCCAGCAUGUUCGGAUUCACACAGCUCAGGCACUGGUCAUGUUCCAGACAGAUGCGGACUUCUACCAGCAGUAUGGGCCGGGCAGCGCGUGGCCAGCCGGGCAGAUGCUGCAGGCUGGAGAGCUGGUCUUCCGUCCCAGGGAUGGGGCUGAGGGACAUCCAACACUGGCAGAAACUCCGCCCACAGCUCCUGAUUGCCCGCCACCUGCCGAGUGAGCAGGUGGCCCCUGACUGCUUAUUUAAAGUGGAUGGCACCCUGGGACUCAAGGUGCUCCUGCCCCAUCCCUAGAGAAUAAAUUGGAUUAUUUUCUAAUGUUA